UGAUUUUAGUGUCAGGGUCUGCACUCUUGUUCGACUUGUCUCGGUUGUAGGGAACAAACGUGAGGACUCUAGAAGAUUUUUGUUUUCUUUAAGUGAUUUUAUAAACUUUGACUUACACAUCUGUUGUCAACAUGAAUCCACCUGCUGACUGUGCCGAGACCUCAGCACUGAAAAAGAAACCGGAUAUGUAUGGGGAGCGCAUAAUAAAAGAAAAGGCUGAGAAACAUUAUGAAGCAGGUGUUGAUGCCAUGUCCCAGUCUCACUUUAACAAGGCUGUGUCCUGUUUCUCAAAGGCCAUACUACUCCAGUCACACCAGACUGAGUUUUAUGUGCAGCGAGCAGAAGCAUAUCUUCAGCUGUGUGACUUCCAGUCUGCGGCACUAGAUUACAAACACGCCUGCGGUCUGGAACCCCAAACUGAGGCCUACCCUCAACGACUUGCCUUCGUCUACUACCUGCAGGGCCAGUGUUGUUUUGAUUUAGGGAAGUUUCUUGAGGCUCUGGAGUCUUUCACAAAAGCUGCAGAACUUAAACCCUCCUUCCGGCCGUAUCACAUGAGAAGUUUGGCUUGUCUGACCGCUCUGGGCCGUUACUCUGACUGUCUUCAGUUGGUCAACAAUUGGCUGAAGAUGGACGGCCAGUCAGCAGACCUCUUCACUCUGAGAGCUCGCCUUCACCACCAGCUCAGUCAGAUGACUUUAUGCUAUCAUGACUUGAGGUCAGCACUCAGAUUGAAACCAUGCUGUCCAGAGGCACAGGCACUGUUGAAGAGGAUGAAGGAUGUAGCGAAGGAUUCCCAUCAGGCAGCUGUUAAUAAGGCUUUGAAGGGAGAGCUUUCAGAUGCACUGGGGAAAAUAAACACUGCUCUGGAGUAUAACCCCAAUAAAGCACAAUACUACCUCUUUAGGGGGAUUCUGUAUCGGCGGCUGAAAGACUUUACUGCUGCUAUCGAGGACUUGGUCCUUUCUGUUGAGUUCGGUGGAGCUGGAGAAGAUCCUCCUCAUGGAGACAUGCGGGACCGCUCUUUAGAUUUAGAGGAAGACGCUCAGACCCAGCUGGUGCUCACAUACAACGAUUUUGCCAUUCAGUGCUUCUCCCGGGGUCUGUACGGCGAAGGCAUCAUGCUGCUGAACAAGGCCAUAGAGAAGGACAGAAACGCAAGUGAACUGUUCAUCAACAGAGGAGAUUGUUUUUUUAAGCAGUGUGAGUGGACUUUUGCGCUGGCUGACUAUGAGCAAGCAGAGGAGAUGGACCCUGACAACACGGCUAUCUGGCUACGACUAGCUAUUAUUCACAAUACACUGGGUCUGCAUUGCUAUAAAGACAAGAAAUACCAGGAUGCAGCAGACAAGUUUUCUGCUGCAAUAAGGUACAACCCUGGAGUAGGUCAGUAUUAUGAGAAUCGAACCAAAGCUUACAGCAAGGUGGCCAAAAUGGAAGAGGCCAAGAUGGAUGCCAUCAGAGUCCUUAUCUUAGAGCCAACCAAUGAUCAGGUGGUGCCUUUGCUGUUGAGUCUGCUCCCAGGAUGCUCCUUGACUGAUAUUAUGUCCUGUGCCACUGCACAGUCAGUCAAAACCCAGCUGAUGGCAAAGAUUCAGGCUUUCAAACUAGCAGUCUCCAAGGUGUCAAGCACUGGCAGGAUGGCCCUUGUCAAGGAGGAGGGUCAGUCACAGAAGUUACAGGCUGAAGAUGGUUCAGAGCAGUUGAUGAAGCCAUGCAUCACUUCAGGAGAGGUGCAGUGCGAGCUAGUCAAGAGAAAACAACAGUUAAAUCAAGCUGUGAAAAGAGCCCUGCAGCAGAGGCCGCCCCUGCGCUAUGAUGGGCCCCGUCUGGCCCCUGUCCCCCCCGCACAUGAAGAGCCUGGCGCUCAGGAACGCCCAUAUGUUUGGAGGAAAUUUGGGGGCUUUGGGCUCAAUUGUUAAAGGCUCAUUGGAAUUAAUCAGUCUCAGUUAUCAUGGUGACUUGGGUAAUCUUUGACUCUCCUUAAUACUUUGGGUUUUAUUCUUAAAGGGACAUUUCACUAAAACAUGAGAAUUAUGUCUUAA